GUACUUUUUUUUUUUUUGAAUCAUCUCUUUCAUAUUUAUCUCCAUUAUUUUUAUAUAUAUAUACAUUUAUGUUAGCUCAUAUAUAUCAUCAUCAUUAUCUCUCUGUCUCCCUUCCCCUUUUUGCCAAGGAGUAUAGAUCAGAAUCUCUUUGUCAGGUGCGCUUUUUAAAAAUUUUUGGGUAAAUGAUUGCUUGCUUGCAGUGGAGAAAAUGGCGUUGGUAACCCAUCAGGUGCAGGGUCCUUAUGCAACAUUUCCGUCGAGACAUGUAUCAUGGAACAAAGGGAUAGAGUUGAAACGAUUUGUGUCAGCACUCCACGUGGUUGUAAAAACAGAUAGGUUUGUCUCACUGAGGUGCGAGUCUUGUUUAAGAGUUGGAGCUACUCUUCUCCAUGGACCAAAGGCAAAAUCUUUGAGAAUUUCAUUGUUUAAAGGCCGUGCCCAAAAUGAUGAAUCAGGAAGCAGAGUAAAUGGAUCGAAGUCUGUCAAGAAUUCUGUCAAGCUUUCUUAUGUACAAGGGAGUGAAGAAACCUUCACAGAAUCUCAAGAGUUGCAGGAUGCUCCGCUUUCCUAUGCUUCUGAAGCAGAUGAGACAAUAGCAGGAUCUGUGGCUAUACAAAAGUUAUUCAAGAAUUGGCUGACACUAUUGUGCACACAACCCUCAAAUCAAGUAGUGGAUGAAACUUUGGAUGGACCAGACUCUGGGAAAAUUUCAGUUAUGCGGAAUGGGGUGCAAAAGAAAGAAAGAGGUGAGAUUCUAAAGGCAGUUUGGUGCUAUUUUUGGGGUCUAGAUGCGACAGUAAAGAUACCAUUAUUAAUAUUCAUCCCUUUGUACCUGGCAGUUAAUGUUGCUUAUGGAGCUGAAGUUUCGAAGGAGUUGACCCCUUUGUGGGUUUGUGGGCCAUUGGUUGUUGCUCUCUAUAUUAAGAUACUUCAUGGCUUAUGUGCGCUCUAUGUUUUCAGCUUCAAGCAGACAGUUAAACUAGUAAACAACUUACCCACCUACUAUGCAGUGGCAUAUAAUUACAUUGGUCAUGGAAUAUACAAUCAUUUAUGGAAACAUGUGGUGGUAAUUAAAAACUUAGACUACAAAAAGUUGUCGAAAACAAAGAGAGAAGAUUUGGAACUGUGGGCGGCUGAAAAGUACCUGGAUUUUGUGGAAUCAAUAUGGCCUUAUUAUUGCAGAACAAUCAGGUUCCUAAGGCGGGCAAAUCUUAUCUAGUUUUUGGGAUUACAAUUUCAGGAUGUUUGUGAGAGCAGAAGGAAUGGAGAUUUGAUGUUUUUUUUUUGUUGAUAUUUUCAGGGUAGAAAUUGAGACAGCUUGAAAACCCCAUUUUGGAAUAUGGGGUUCUUCUCAUUCUCUUUGUGUAGCUUUAGGGGAGAUUCCAUCAAUUGAGCAGGUUGAAUUGUAUAAUUUUUUCAAUGCAUUGUGUUUUUUUAUCAUCAAGGGAGUACCAAAUGUUUCUGCAUUUGCUUGGUGCUGUUCCAGAAUGGGAUGAGAAUAUUUCUUGCAGUACGGUCAAGUCACUGAAUGGGUGUUCUUUUAUUUAUAUUAUUAUUAUUAAUUUUUAUUGAUUAA